CCACUGAGCGCCACAUAGCGAUACAAACGUAAACUAACGAAAAAAGCAUUUUUAAAAGUAACGUCGGUGUUAUAAUCAACAAAAUAGUUUAUUCAUUGUGUAUUGUUCUGUAAAUUAUUUGUGUUCCAAUAAAAUGGACUCAUUUACGCAGCGAAUGUUAGAAUUAGCUGAGGAACGAAGCAAGACUCUCGGCAUUAGUAGCACGAAUAAAUUUCCGUUAACGGAAUACAAUCAAGAGGCGUCUGUGAAUACGAUGAAAAAUCAAAAUUCACCGAAAAAGUCGCCAUCGCCAACAAAGAAGUACAGUGUUGUGCGUAAGGAAUCGAAUAUGUCAAAAAAUUCGUCACAACGGAUGUCAUCACCAAAUGAUACCAAGGAAAACGUUGAUGUUGCACUUGAAAUCAACAUAACCACCGGUCCGAAUGUACAGGUUCAAGUGGAAGUGGAAGAGCGUGACGUCGAUGAACAUGGCAAUGUUCUCAAAAGCGCGGAAAACGCGUCUGAUGAACACCUUCCAAUGAUUAGAGACUCUUCGAGAAACCGUUUGCAACGCCUUGGUGCAUUGUAUUCGGAAACGGAGAAUCUAUCGUCGCCCAUUCAUCGGAAUGAAGCUCGUUUCGAUGACGAAGCGCAGACUGACGAUAACUAUCGUGGAAAAUCAACCACAAGACUCGGCAAACUUGCUGCUCUUGCCAGCGAAAGAAAUAACUGGGAAGACGAGUCGUCCACUUCUGAUGGAAAGUCCACAAAGCCAGUGUCCAGUCCAACCAAAAGUGCUCCAACAAUUGUGGGAGCCAGUCCUCGAAAAUUUGUGAACACCGGUGCCAUUCCGAAGCAGCCUACCAAAUCCAAUUUGAGUCCGACAAAGAAAAUGGGCGAAGUAACAACCACUUCUGACGGUACAACGAAACGCCCGUCGAAACAGUUGAAGUGGGAUAAGAAUGUGAUGGACCAUCUUGAGCAACAAGGUUUCCAGCGACGCGAAUCAACCACAUCCAAGCUGGUUUACGAUUACAAAGAACCGAAAGACAGCGUCAAAUCGGCUCCAGAGCAUGUGAAACCCGUUCAGUCAACAGUGGAAUCAGCCAAGAAAACUUACGUUUCCACUGCCCAAAUUUCGCAAGUUUCCGAAGUAAAAUCACCGCGUUCUACCGCAAAUAAUACGACUGGAAAGCACUCAGCAGUUGUGACAAAAGGUUUGGUUUCUGACAGAGCUGCUCGGUUCGAGUCAUCACAACCAAACGCUACCCAGAAAUCUCAUAAGGAUCCUGCUGAAAUGUCUCUGAAGGAACGACUGGCUCUGUUCGAGAAAAACAAGGGAGCUGCUUUGAUACCGAAAGCAGCAUUAGGAAUGUCCGUAUCGGCCAAACAGAUUAUGGGCGAAGGACAAACUCCCAAAUCAAAUACACCGGAAAAGCCCAAGAUAAAUUCAUUUAACAAGCCAGUAUUUGCCGAAUCGACCGCAUCCGGUAGCGGUAUUCGAAAUGCAGUCGCAGCAUUAAUGUCCAAUGCAACGACAUUGUCACAGUCCCAAAUUAGUAACGACAUUCGUAAGCAGCGCGAGAAAGAAAUGAACGUCGUGCUAGGUCGUUUUAAUCGACCAAUUGAGUCUUCGUCGUCAAGUGAACCGGAUUCAACAUCGCGCAGUUUCGUACCACCAGCACCACCAAUGCCUACGAAUUUACUGAGUAAAGAUCGUUCAGCGGAAGUGAAGUCCAAUGCUAAGCGCAAGAGCAAUGAAAAACUUCCGCAACAUCAGUCAAAUGAACGGCGUUUGUCGGAUGAAGACUCGAAACGGGCCAAAGUCAAUCCAACCCAUAAUGGUCGGCUGUAUCCCGUAUUGUCGGACAUCGAGUCUCAAGUGACCGAAUCCGAUCGUGAUGAUUGCACCACAGCCACUAUGUCGGAUGAACAGAACUAUCAUCAUAAUCGCAGCUACAGCGAGGAAGACAGUUACAUGGACUCGGCAGAGGAAGACGACAUCUGUAACAUGAGCCUGGGCCGUGAAAUAAUGCAAGCCGUAAAGCGAAACGAUCCGUUGCGACCGCAAACGCGCAAUUCGCUUAACAAUUCGAACAAUCGCGACAGUUCGACGGCUAGCGAAUAUUCGGGAAAUGGACAGGGCGAUGACAUUGAUGAUUAUAUCAAUGAAGCACUGGAAGACGAUGACGAUUCGUAUCAGGAGAAUGUUACGCCGCGUAAGGGUUCGAUAUCGUCGAACAGUUUUUCUUAUGCUCGAAGUCCGGCGAAAAGUUUGCGCCAUCAAACGAUUGACGAAGAUGAUUGCGAAGACGGUGCUCGUCAAAUGAAUUUCAAAUGUCCCGUCAAAUCUGAAUUGACCGUCAAUCCAUCUGACGACAACAAUGUUGUCACAUUAACUCAUACCGUGAGUUUCUAUCGUAGACAACAGUCUCAGAGCGUCAACAACACUCCUGUCCGAAGAUUGGCUUACUCGGAUGAAGAAGACGAUUCCGUCAGCCAAUCGUCGUCUGACACAUCAAACGACAACAGUUUGUUUGAUGCUAAAUUGAAACAAUUGCUGGAGAAUAUCCAUAGACAGGAACGGGUUAUCUACGAAACCAGUAAAGCAUUGAACGUAUGCGCCCAAUCGAUUGAAUUUUCUGGAUCAACUGUGUCUGUUGAAUCGGAACGCCAUUUACUGUUAGCGACUAAGAGACGUAAGGCUUUACUGGACGAGGUGAAUCGCUUAAAAGUGGAUCGAUGCGUUCGACCACCGGGCCUGCCAACCGAUCGUGGCACUCUGUCCGUCAAAGAAAUAAUCAUUCCUCUGAAAGAGGAUUACAUUAGCAAAUUGAACAUGGAUGUUUGCAAUGGUCAUCAUUUGGUGUGUCUAUUGACGUACAAUGAUCAGGUGUUAGCCACAAAUGCGGUGACCACACGGAAGGGACUGAAGGCUGUUAAAUUCCCGGAUGAAUUACGAUUGAACAAUGUUUACGCAGACUUUACCCUUUUCUUAGAAAUUUACGGCAUGACUGCACAACGCGAAGCAUUAGCACAGGACAUGAAGAAAACACCGAAAACACCGAAGGGUAAAAAACAGCAACAACGACGACAGCCGCUUCCAUCACCGGGCGGUCCAUCUGUUGUGAGAACAUCGGCAUUCACGCAUUACGGAUCAGUCACAUUCUCCAUUAAAGAAGUCAAUCGAAAUUCGUGGAGUUUGAAUCAAGAAUCAUUUGUCAGUCCAUUAUUGGGCAAAAUAUUCAUGAAAGUUCAUUGCGAACUGUCGGUGUCCCUUUAUCAUAAAGGAUUCCUGACAAUGUUCGAAGAUGUAUCCGGUUUCGGAGCAUGGCACCGUCGUUGGUGUUGUUUGCAUGGCAGUAUAUUGAGCUACUGGCGAUAUCCAGAUGAUGAGAAAACGAAGCCGCCAAUGGGAAGCAUUGACUUACAAAAUUGUCAUUCGCAAAUGAUCGAACCAGUUCGACGUGAUGUGUGCGCUAGAUUACACACAGUUUUGAUUGAAUUGAAACGGCCAUGUCAGAAGGACGAUAAGAACUCUUUGGUUCUGGAAAAGCACAGCAAUUACACGCUCGUAAGACAUCUUCUCUCAGCUGACACAAAAGAAGAUCGUGACAGAUGGAUCGCUCAUUUCAACAAAUCGUUAAUCAUUAUACGAUCAUGGAAUGCUGCCGCCAGCAAAAAGGCUUAGAGUUUUUUUGCUGACAAUUUUGCGAUUUCAGGCUCGGUCAUUUCCAAGUGGUUUUCUUUUUUGAAGUUUUUAUUUUUAUUCUUCUUUUAUUUAAGAAAUAAACUCUACCUACAACCGUAUUAAAAUAAUGAACACACACUUAAACGGCUCAUGCGCUAAAACAUUGGAAGAUUGUCAACUAACCAUUAUAUAAAUAUUAAACUUAUUAGCAU